UGGUUUUCUUGAAGCUUUUACAAAAGGAUCACAUGAUUUUUUUUUGUUUCCACGUGACGGUUUCUACGGCAGAAAGAAAACGGAGUGCGGACACCCGGAGACCGAGACAUCUUGUUUCAGUCCCGGAAUGAACGGGAACACCUUCGGUACAGUGCGGCGGCAGAAAGGACAGCGGCGGCUGAGCGGUCGCUUCGGGGCGGAGUGAAGCCGCGACUCCGCACUCAAAGCGAGUACUCAGUUCGAGGAGGAAUGGUCGGUGUGUGGAGGGGAGUCCGAGAUCGCGGAGCUGUUUGAAAGACCAUCCAACUAUGGUGUUCGCCCAAGGAAUUCCUAACUUGGCCCCAUCCAUUGUGAACCCAACGAUGGCUCCAGCUACAAACAAGUCCAGCGAAACUCUGAGCUCACCAUCUGUAGGCAGCAGAGGAGAACUGGAGGUCAAUGGGCACUACAGGGUAGACAUAAACAGCACGGUGCACUACCAACUCACUCCAGGGGAACUUGUGGCUGUCAGCUUUGUGUUUAGCAUGCUCUGGCUCGUUUCUCUGUUUGGGAACUCAUUGGUUUGUUUAGUGAUCCACCGGAGCCGCAGGACUCAGUCAACCACCAAUUACUUUGUAGUGUCCAUGGCUUGUGCAGAUCUGCUCAUCAGUGUGACCAGCACCCCGUUUGUGCUCCUGCACUUCACCUCAGGGAAAUGGCUGUUGGGGAACGUCAUGUGUAAACUUGUUAGGUACUUUCAAUAUCUAACCCCGGGAGUCCAGAUCUAUGUCCUUCUCUCCAUCUGUGUGGACCGAUUCUACACUAUUGUGUACCCCUUGAGUUUCAAAGUCUCCAGAGAGAAAGCCAAGAAGAUGAUUGUCGCCUCUUGGAUUUUUGACGCCGCGUUUCUGUCUCCCACUUUGUUUUUCUAUGGCACCCAAAAGGGCACCUGUAAUUUAUUCCUGCCCCAGUCCUGGAGCGGCGUUGCCUAUGGCACGGCACAUCUUUUAGUGGGGUUCCUGGUCCCUUCUGUCCUCAUCAUAUUGUUUUACCAGAAAGUCAUCAAAUACAUAUGGAGGAUCGGCACGGACGGCAGGACAGUGAGGAGGACAAUGAAUAUCGUGCCCAGAACCAAGGUCAAAACGAUAAAGAUGUUCUUGAUGUUAAACUGCAUGUUUUUGUUGUCUUGGUUUCCUUUCUACGUGGUUCAGAUCUGGCAGCCCAAUGAGAGUGAUUACGAGCGGUGUUCUGCUGUCUUUCUAUCUGUCACCUUGGUGUCUUUCAGCUCCUCGGCCUCCAAGCCCAGUCUUUAUUCCAUCUUCAAUGCAAACUUCAGGCGUGGUAUGAAGGAAACGUUCUGCAUGUCCUCAAUGAAAUGUUACCGAAGCAAUGCGUACACCAUAACUACCAGUUCCAGGGUGGCCAAAAAGAACUAUGUUGGAAUUGCAGAAAUCCCUGCGCCUGCGAAAUCCAUCACCAAAGACACCAUUUAUGAAACGUUCGACAGAGAAGCUAGGGAGAAAAAGCUUGCCUGGCCUAUAAACUCAAACCCUCCUAAUACAUUUGUGUAACCAGUGCUUUACAGAUUGCAAUAUCACCAAGAAUAUUAGAAUCAGUUUAUAUAAUAUACAAUCAUAUAUUUUAUUUAUUAAUUAACAGGGAGAUGUUUUCCCCACAUCUUGCCCUUUUUUGAGAGGACUUAAGUAUAAUUCUUAAAUCCUUGUGUCGUUUUAAUGUUAUCCAAACUGUGUAUCUAAUUUGAUUGCACAUUUUAAUGUAAAUGUUGAGUCACUGUUGUAAUGCUAACUUAAAAAAUCUAAAGAACUGAUAGAUAAUAUCAGAGCAUUAAUUCAGCUGCAUAGGCAAUGCAGUAUGUGUGUGGAAUGAAACAAGUUGAUUUUGUGUUUUACUGGACUGCUUGGGACUGCUGUAGUGCUUCUACCACUGCUACUUGAAGCAGUUAAUGUUUGCAAGGAAGUGUCAGUUUUGUGUUCAUGUUCCUAAGAACCCUUGGGUUCCAUGUAAAUUGGGGUAAGGAUGAAUGCACGCUGUCAUGGUAAUGUACUAGUCAUAGGAAAAUGACAUCACAUUCUGUACGAGUCGUUAUUUUUAAUUGAGAGUAAAACCACUUUGCUGAUCAGUC